AUGGUACUUAAAUUACACUUGACUAUUGUCACAGCAUGUUUUGCUGGAAAAGUGGAUCCACCUUCAAUAUAUAUAGAUCUUAUGCAAGGUGCUGAUGAAUUUCUUAAAAAGUCCAUUUCAGAAUGGCUGCGGUUAUUGCCUUUCCUGGGUGUGCUGGCCUUGCUCGGUUACCUCGCUGUUCGUCCGUUCCUCCCCAAGAAGAAACAGCAAAAGGAUAGUUUGAUUAACCUCAAGAUCCAGAAGGAAAAUCCAAAAGUAGUGAAUGAAAUAAACAUUGAGGAUCUGUGCCUCACUAAAGCUUACUGCAGGUGUUGGCGUUCUAAGACGUUCCCUGUCUGUGAUGGAUCCCACAACAGGCACAAUGAAUUAACAGGAGAUAACGUAGGUCCACUAAUACUCAAGAAGAAAGAAGUAUAGCAGAUGCUUAAUGCGCUAGAUCGUGACUGAUAAGGAGUCUUUUUAUAUUGUAAUAGUUGCAAGGGACAGCAUUUUAUUAUGUGAUUGGUAUGAUUUAGUCUAAUGAUUGCUGUGGAUUUCUUUUUGGAGUAAACUGCAUUUAGACAGUGCUAGAUCUGUUACUGUUUUGAUACUUUAUUCUCAGAAGAAUUAUGUCUGCUUUGUAAAACUGUAAAGUAACUAUCUCUGUAAAUAAGUCGUUUAUUUCAACACUAAAAUGACUUCCUGCAAUUAA